AGUCAAGCAAUCAUGUCGCCAACUAAAAUUAUUGUUGUAAUCCUCGUUCUUGGCGCAUAUUCAAACACCCUUCAUUGUACCGACAUUGCGCCAUCUAGCGGUUCCAUAAAUUCGCCUACAGCUUUAGCAACUCAAUCUGAGGAAGGCAAGAGACACAAUAAGCGAAACGCGUUAAACCUGUACUAUAUGAUUCGAGAAAGCACUAAAUGUAGUGCGUGGGAUUUGGUGGGCUAUGGAAACUACUGUGGAUUCGGCGGGGCUGGUACACCGGUAGACGAUAUUGACAGCUGCUGUAAAAAUCACGACCAGUGCUACGACGAUGCUAUAAAGCACCACGACUGUUGGCGUGUCAAUAUCUACAUAAUGCCUUACGAUUGGAAAAUACACGAGGGGUCUCCCUACUGCGGCGACGAGACCAAUCGGUGUAGGAGGGAGAUAUGCCAAUGCGAUAAGGAGUUGACAGAGUGUUUGAAUAAGAUUGGGUGCCCCUAAGCCCUAAUGUGAAGUACACAUAAAAAAAGCGCCACCUACAACGGCGAUUAGUAUUUACUACCACUUAUUUAAAUUAAACGGACUAUAUCAAAACAACCACUUUAACAAAUUUGAAAUAAAAAAA